AUGCGCUUGCCCACUAUUCUCGCCAUUUUUGGCGCCACUUGCGCCAUUGCCCUCUUGGAAGAUACCGGGCCUAGCGUAGCGAAGAUGGGGCUUUGUUUGAGGAAAUGCGGCUCUGAUCUUGAUUGCGAAACCUACUGUCUUACCGUGAGCAAUUUAUACAAUGCAUGGAUUUUGACUCAGGACUAUGCUAACAAGGUCGUUAGAAUGGGGUAG